AUGUUUGACAGAUCGGCUUAUAACCACCUCAAAAAACAAAAUAAAGAGGCAAUGGAGAGUGAAUUAGUUGAGGUGCAAAGCGAUAUGAAAGGCCAUGUAAUCGGUAAGGGAGGCUGUAACAUUAAAGAGAUCAUGGCGAAAUCUGGAGCAAAGAUCAGCUCUAGGAGAUAUGAGGACAGCUUCUCAAUCAGCGGCGAUACUGAGCAACGAGCACGUGCAAGGAGUCUUAUUUUAGAGAAGGUGGUAAGUUUCUACCGAUAAAAAGACAAAAUCACUUUCAUUGAAUGAGAAGGCGCUAACACUGAGGCUGAAAAUUUCAAGCAAAGUUUACCAAAGUUUAAGAGCUUUAUUUCCUUCAGGCUUAUUUUGCUGAUCUCGUCCAAAACUGAUUGAGAUUCACAUUUUUAGUUACAUCAGUUUCGUUUUAUUAUAAUAGCAAGAAAUACAGCGAAGGAGAAACGACGCACGUUCCCUUGGUGAACAUGUAGAGAUUCCUCAAGUUUACAAAGGCUUGGUAAUGGGUAAAGGAGGCGAUAAUCUCCGUGACAUCAGCACUCAAACUGGUGCAAAAGUCACAAGGAAAGACGGUGAAGUAUAUAUAGCUAGUGGAACUGAACAGCAACGACAACAGGCCAAACUGUACAUUAGCACUAUCAUCGUAAGUUCAUUCCUUCAUAGAAUAUUCAUUAAAAGCAAAAAUAUUCCUUUGUAAAUCUCUUUUGACAGCUGAAAUGAUGAUCAGGGUCGAUCUCAUGCUUUCGCACCAUUAACUUUCGUGAAUAUUAUCAUUACCAUGAUGGGCAUUCCCAUUUCCAUUGCAAUCGUUUUGAUUAUGGUCAGUGUCAAGAUGGGUAUCGCUGUUCAAGGUGGGCUCAAUGGUGGGGAUAUGUUUCGAGUGCAUUUUGUUGCAACACACAGCAGAGAAAAAUAAUGCGUGAAAAACACACCAGGAAAACAAGUUUUGGGAGCAAAUGGCAAAGACAUUAGAGCGGGGGCACAAUCACAAAGCACGAAUGCCUUGCAAAAAAAAAAUUGUAGUAGGGGAGGGAGAGUUUUAAAGGACAUGAUCCCGGGAAUCUUCGUCUAGAAAUUUGUUCCCCCGAGACACGUCGCAUAGAGCUCAACUUCUUGAACUGGAUAAGAGAAAACUUUGUGAAGACAACCCCGGUAGUCGUUUGCACGCUUGUGACAUUUUUUUUUUUUUUUUUAACAAUGGAAUUAGCUUUUCAGGAAGUCGGCCAUCCGAAAAGGAAUUGAGGGAAUGAAAAUUAUAAAUGUAGUGUUCCCGAAUCGGGAGGCGACGGUGCAAUGACUCUCAUGUUUUCGGAGAAUUAGCCAACUGGUCAGUUCUUUCCUUUGGUCUCAAUUGGAGUCUUCCAUCAUCUUUAUGCAUCGAAUUGACCAAAGCAUUAUUGUAGUCUUUCACUUCUGAAACCCUUAAUUGAAAAUAAUUACAGCUAGUUGUUCACACGAGGCAUGUCUUCUUGAGUAAACACUCUUAAAAAAGACACUAUAUAUUAUUCGUUUUUUUUGUUGUUGUUGUUCGAUGUGCAAAUACUUUGCAUGCGCUUAGAAAUAUUUCACCUCUAGGAGCAAGAUGAUCAAGGAACGUACCGCACAUUCAAGUUCGACUGAUAAAAGAACGCACAAUAUGAACGAUACUUGAAAAAAUAAAUGCUGAUACAAUAAUAAAACUUGUUGUUUUUCAAGGCUGCAGCAAGAAUGAGGGGAGUGGAAAACGAAUUCAACAAAGUACGUCGUUUCAUUGAUGGCUGUAAUCUGCCAACUGAUUGUAAGCUGAGGCUGGAGCAAGUUUCUGAGGGAGAUCGUAUGGUUCAUCCAGGAAUGCAAAGUCAAUAUCGACUGAAACCUACUGAGGACUAUGAACAUCAGGUUUGUUCAUAACAGUUAACAUUAAAAGCGAUGUAGUUUAGGAACGCGCUAAGACAGCUAUGAAUAUAUUAUCAAUAGUGUUUCAUAUGGCCUAACAAUUCCUUCUUCCUCCUUUCUUCUUUUAGCCCGCUUCUCGAGGGCUGUACGGCUUUCACUCUUUGGCACUGCUCACUCUAUCACAAACGGCUAAUCAUAAGGGGAUUUUUGUUAUGUAAUAAAUGAAACGUUUUAUUCACCGGAGUCUAAGACCAUCAAAAAUAUUUAUACGACCAACUUAGACUUUAAUUUGCCUGUCGAUGCCGCAGAUGUUUUAACGGCACUCUGCAGAUACACAAGUGCAGCCCGUGAAAAUAAUUCUUCCAGGCUAAAACUACAUGUACGUCUAGUUUCAUAAACGAUGAAAGUAUUUCGGAAUUAUGGCAUACCCUUUUUAGUGAAAAACUGGUUGUUAACGCAUAUUUCAUAUAUUUUGCAAUCGUCAAACUUAUUAGCUCGACAUCAGAAUUUGAAAUUGAAAAUUGAUCUAAUUCAGGAACCAAAUAGUUCUACUGAUGGUUAUCACUCGCAAAUUAUGGAUGCUGCAUUAGAGGCACUGCGUCAAAUAAAGUAUGAAACCGAAGAGCAACCGAAGGCUGACAUGUGGUGUCACUUGGGAACGGCCAUAAUCCGAGGAGCCGAUGAAGGUAGUUUUACUCAUAUCCAUUCUACUUCUUCUGUUAGCUCUGACUUUUUUCGUUGAUGUUUUCGCCAUCAUUAAUGUCGGCUCUUGGUGUUCUAUUGGUGUGGCUCAAGUUACAGAAGUCUGUUUUAUAAGGGCGAGCUCUUACUGAUAAAGAACAAGAAAAGAAAUUAUACGACUAUUGUUUGGAAAUGAAUUAAGGAUUACUUAAAUAUAGUGUAUCAGGCCUGGUUUUGAUCAUUGAAUCUUGUUAAAUGAAGAGGAGCUGACCCUAAAUAUCCGAUGCAUCAGUAACAAAAAAAAGUGAUGAGAACAAACAUAUAUUUCGCCAAUUUUUUUUUCUUGUAGAGGAAGUGACUGAAGGGGAAUGGAGUAUUGAUGAGGUUACAGGAAAGCUUCAAUCUUCAGAAGCAGAAAACUAUUGGAAAGUAGCCUUUAAAGAAGGUGUGAAUCUCGAUGAGAAAAUCCUGAAGGGUAAUUUGUGCGAAACGACGACUGAGGAUUUCAAAGUGAGAUAUGAUUUAACAUAUUUGACGCCAUGUGGGCACCAAGUGCGAUGCAAGGUACGGCGACAUCGUGGUUAGAAAUGGUGAUCCACACAAUAUACAAUAAGCAUAAAAUAGAUCAAUACACCAGCUGAUAAACCUUAAGUUGGCAAAGCUUUGGGAAAAAAAGAUUCGGUUAAAAAAUCUCUAACAAUGAUAUAAAGAGCGAUAUACAAUGAUAUCCAGUCACCUACAUUAAGAUAUAUAAUUAAACAGCCCUUAAUUUUUUCAAACAAGCUAACUAACAUGAAAAUAACGAAUCUCACGGAAAAAACAGAUUCUUGCAUUGCUUUAAAUUAAGUGUUUCUAAGAGGAUCAUAUUCAACAAACAGUAGUGUCUCAUAUAAUCUUUGAUAUAUAGGUAUGGGUGGCAAAGGCGGAUAUAAAUAAGAAGUUGGAGGAUAUUCCAAUCCCUUUCAGCGACGUGAAGAAUAUUCUCGAGACAAUUCACUUUGAGGACGAGGUAACACGGUCGAGAUGCCAGGGAUGGCUGGUUCUUCCAUCUCGAAGAUAUUUACAGGCCGAUAUUUUGUUUCCCAGUUGUGAAUUUGAUUGCAGGUUAACCAUUCGAGGGCGAACAGGUGGGUGUGAAACGCUUGUAAUCUGGUAUCGCACAGACCUUUGAAAUAUUAUUGGUUUUAUUUAAUUGCUAUUCUAACAACAUACACUAUCGAACUCUGUGCGAGUUUGAUACCAGCAAAGGGAACUAGGAAACGAAGAAUUCGAUAAAAGAUUUGAUAAUAAGAAAACUUGUCAAGAGGAUAUGCGUUACAAUCCUCAGGUUUUCUUGAAACACCCCAUUCCUCUGUGUGUUACAUAUUCGCGAGCGCUGCAAGUUUCUUAUGGCCAACGUACAAAGGGGGUAGAUAAGAUCUAAAGCAGGUUUGUUACGAGAAUUAAAAAAAAUUGUCUGAAUAUUUGUCGUUUGGCUAUUUUGUACCUUCAUGCUCCACACUGUAUUAUAUAACAAGAAAAUAUGACACAUUGUGAGGCUAGUCUUCUCAUUGCUGUAAUAUACGAUAAACUUACUGCUGUAAGCUUGGAAAGAAAAGGUCAUUGUUACUGAGUAAUAGGCCAGUUUGAAAAUCUGAAACAUACCGGCACAAACUCACGUCAGCGGAACAAAUUACAUAUUCACUCCACCAGAUGAAAAAAUAGGCUUAAAUUGAUUUAAAUUUAAAGCGCUGGCGCACCAUGUUAGGGAUCUCCCACUUAUUAAGAUGUAAGAAAAGUAUAUACAAAUAUAAAGAUAAAAGUUCCAAUUAUCCUUAAUAAAAUUUAAAACGCUCCUUUUUAAGGCUGUAAUACUGUUUGCUUCUCGAAUAUUACUAGGUGAACUCUUCCAUUAUCAAUGAUUUGGUUGAAAAAGCUAUAUUUAAAACCAUUAGUUCCACUAAAACUCGGGCAAGGUCCGGUGUGCCAUUUUUCCUCAAGUUAUAAUUUAUAUUUAUGUCCUUACAAAAUAGGAGCUUGUUUUAAAUAUCUAAAUUAUAAUGUCCACUAAUCGAACAAAAAUGUAACAUUUCUCAAUAAUUCUGUAGAUCGUGCGGUCAACGCAGACUAUGCACCAGAUGAAGAAACAAGACUUAUCAUGUCAAAGUAUCUCUCUGGACUCACCUUCGAUGAUGAAGAUGAUUUCGGACUCCGCCUUCCAGAAGAAACCAUACCCGAGGGAUUUCACUUGAUCCAUAAACGCUCCUCCAAACGAACUUUGUACACCGCCAAUGAGGGAUACGCGAUCAUUCUUUCCAAAGAAAGCUCGUGGCGAAGUGACAUCCUAAACGAAGACUCCAGAGAAUCGGUAGGGACAGUUCCAUCGGGCCAAGCCGGUCAAAAUGAUGUGUUCGUUAAUAUUAAUAUUCUACAACAUGGCCUCAAAUUUUUUAUGAUUACUCGUGGACACUAUACAAAUAGGCAGGCUUACCUUGUUUAAAGUAGAGUAGGUACUGCAUAUCAUGUAAACGUCACUCAAAUUUUCUUUCUGCGUUUCUUUUGGAUUUAACAACAUUUUUUCUCGUGGAACUCCAGCUAUGAUUUGAUCACCGAGUGUUGGUAUUUGCGAAGGAUCCUUCCUUCCGUCUAAGGUUCCAUUUAUCAUGUCAUACAAAGUUAUUCAUGUACGUAUUUUAAAACAGUUCUCCAUAUGCCACCAGCAAAUUUUUUAUUCUUAUUUCACAAGGCUAUACUUAGAGUAAACACAUGGUUUCAAAUGUAAUUUGGGAUGGAUGAGCGCGAACAAAUGUUUUCAAAGUCUAGCAUAAUUGCAUGAGCCUGUGACGCCGUUUAGAGGUCGUGUUCGUUUGGCUUUUUAUGAGUGCCUUUGUUUAUCAACCAUCAAAAUUCUCUGUUUUUCACUUUUUUGGCACGGAAUAACCCUUUCUCUCCACUAAAUUUUAUUAUUUCUGCAUCGGAAUUCUCAUCGACACGUUUUUUUGAUGUACAUUAUAGAUGAGGAAACGAUAUAACGAAAAACUCUGCGAGAGCGAAACCGAAGGAAACUGUGUAUGAUUUGCUGGAAGCGUAGGACGAAAGCAGCCAAAAAAGCAACAGAAAAGCUUGAAUUAGAUAACGACUAUUUUUCUAUUCAUAGAAAAUUGUUUAUUUACACGUCAUUGUUUGUAUUCGUUUGUAGACUGAUCUUCAUUUGCACUGUAAAGAGUGGGAUGAGGCACUUUGCACCAAGGACUGGGAGCCAGAUGCCAUUGUUGCAAAACUUCCGGAGUUCUUGAAGUUUUUGAAACAAGUUCAAAGUUUUGUUGCACAAGAAAUGGCAGAGUGA